AAAAUUGUACUCCUGGAUCCUCCUCUCGAACACCAACAACCCUCACGACAUCCGUCAACCUUCUCUUUGGUCUUCCUCUCGCUCUCUUGCCUGGCAGCUCCAUCCUCAUCAUCCUUCUACCAAGAUACUCACUACCACCGGGACCGAGUCCGACUUACUGCCAGAUAUGGGUACCAAACUCUAACUCCGGUCAUAUAGGGACCUCGGUACCCCGUACUCCCGGAGCACCCCCCGCAGGGCUCCCCAAGGGACACGGUCGAACGCCUUCUCCAAGUCCGCAAAACACAUGUAGACUGGUUGGGCGAACUCCCACGCACCCUCGAGGACCCUGCCGAGGGUGUAGAGCUGGUCCACUGUUCCACGGCCAGGACGAAAACCACACUGCUCCGCCUGAAUCUGAGAUCCGACUUCCCGACGGACCCUCCUUCCCAGGGAGGCUGAGGAGUGUGAUCCCGCUGUGGUUGGAACGCACCCUCCGGUCCCCGUUCUUAAAAAGGGGGACCACCACCCCAGUCUGCCAAUCCAGAGGCACUGUCCCCCGAUGUGCACGCGAUGUUGCAGAGGGCAAAACAGAUAUUCUUUUGCAAACGGUCCUUUGUCACUCAAGCUGCCUGUCCGGUAUGUUGCUGCAAUACACCGGAGGGAUCUGUGAGCUGAAGUGCCAGGAUGAUGAAUCAACGAUGUGUUUUUUGGAAAGGAAUCUUAACUUCUAUAAAGGUUCGGUCGCGACAUGGUGAUACUAGAAAAAUGCGGCUCAAUGGGUGACAACAGUUGAGAGAGGAGUCGCAGUCAUUUGAGCGAGCGUUCCAGAUGUUCGUGGCUUGUGAGAACACAACUGAAACGGCCACCAUCUUGCAAGAUGGAAAUGAUAACUCCCGAUGAUUUCCAGAUGUGCGACGAGACCUUUUACGGCCCCCAGGUUGCGGCGUUUGGAAUUUGGAUGUCAUUAUUUGGGGGCGGAGGGGGAAGAUUUCCACAGAAUUUGCUUUUUCUUUGGCUUUUGAGGGGGGCAGUUGUUUGUGAAGUGAAUGAAUUUAAAGUGCUAAGACUCGAGCGCCACCGUAUUUUUGGGUUUAAAAAUCUAAUCAGAUGGCGGCGGUCUCUGACCAUCACUCUCAGAUGUUUGCGUUUACGGCACACUUACUUUGCUACGGUGGCCCAUGUUGGUUUCAAGGCAGGGUUAGGUUUGUAAACUUUGAUUAGUGCUUCAAAUUAGGGUUAGGAUUUCAACACAGGAUUCGUGUUUCAAAUGAGGGUUUCAGAUAGGGUUAGGGUUUCAAUCCAGGGAAAGGUAUCAAACGAUGGUUCGGGUGUUAAAUUGGGGUUAGGGUUUCAAAUUGGGGGUGUACACCUGGGUUAGGGUUUUGAAAUAGGGUUACUACUGGUUUUAAAUGUGAAUUUAAACCAGGGUGAAGGUUUCAAUCCAGGGUCAGGAUGGCAAAUUGGGGUUUCAAGACAGGGAUAGGGUUUCAAAUGAUUUCGAAUCACAGGCGAGUCCUUGCUAACCCACUCACACUAUGUGAGUGGUGUAUAUGAAAAGCACUUUUUGGGUCAUAAAUGAAAAGGGUGAAUAAAACAAGCGCGUCGUAAAUAGGGACUACCGUCGUAAGGUAGCACACAAAGAGUGAAGACGAACUGCAGCAGUGGUCUUCAUGCAGCACCCCCGCCCGCCGGCCUCGAGGGGCGUGUGCAGCUUGCGCAAACGCCGGUCGUGCUGCGCUUCAGCGCGGGGACGUCCACUCGCCGUCCUCCUCCUCCUCCUCUUCAUCAUCAAGUCAACGCCUGUGCGUGCCUCUCCCCUCUCGCCUGCAUCAUGUCUUCCAAGUGGUCGGGCGGCUCGCUGCUGCGCGUCCCGCUGGGUCUGGUGAACAGCGAGGCCAAGUACCUGACGGCCGAGGCGUUCGGCUUCAAGAUCAACGCGUCGGCCGCCAGCCUGAAGAAGAAGCAGACGUGGACCCUGGAGCAGGACGGCGACGACGGCGGCGGCGGCGGCGGCGGCGUCGUCUUCCUGCGCUCCCACCUGGGCCGCUACCUGGCCGCCGACCGGCACGGCAACGUGACGGCGGACAGCGAAGGGCGCGCCGCCGCCGACUGCCGCUUCGUCUUGGCGGCGCACCGGGACGGCGGCUGGUCGCUGCGCUCCGAGCCGCACGGCCGCUACCUGGGCGGCACGGAGGACCGCGUCGCCUGCUUCGCGCAGGCCGUCACGCCCGCCGAGAUUUGGAGCGUCCACCUGGCCGUGCACCCGCAGGUGAACCUCUACAGCGCGGCGCGGAAACGCUUCGUCGGCCUGAGCGCCGCCCGCGGCGCGGUGUCCGCCGACCGCGACGCUCCCUGGGGCGUGGACGCGCUGGUCACGCUGGUGUACCGGGACCGGCGCUACCACCUGGGGACGGCCGACAACCGCUUCCUGCGUAGCGACGGCGGCCUGGCCCCAGCCCCCGGGCCGGACACCGGCUACGUGCUGGAGUUCCGCUCCGGCAGGGUGGCGUUCCGAGACGCGGCCGGCCGCUACCUGGCGCCGUCCGGGCCCAGCGGCACGCUCAAGGCCGGGAAGGUGAGCCGGGUCGGGAAGGACGAGCUGUUCGGGCUGGAGAGGAGCCACGCGCAGGUGGUCCUCACCGCCGGGAACGGCAGGAACGUCUCCACCAGGCAAGGCACGGACCUGUCGGCCAAUCAGGACGAGGAAGGUGACCAGGAAGUCUUUCAGCUGGAGAUGAGCCCCGAGGACAGGAAGUGCUCCUUCAGGACGUCGGCCGGCAAAUGCUGGACGCUGACGCCCACCGGCGGCCUGCAGUGCGCCGCCGCCGCCGCCGCCGACAAGUCUGCCAACACUUCCUUUGAACUGGAGUGGCGUGAUGGUCACGUUUGCGUACGUGCGGCUAACGGAAAAUAUGUGACUGCCAAGAAGAACGGACAACUCGCCGCCACGGUCGACAACAGAGGGGAUGCAGAGCGCUUCUUCGUAAAGCUGAUCAACCGUCCCCUCAUCGUCCUGCGCAGCGAGCACGGUUUCAUCGGCGCUCGCAAGGCCGGCGGCGCCACGCUGGAUUCCAACCGGGCGUCCUACGACGUCUUCCGCCUCCACUUCCAGGACGGGGCGUACGCCCUCCAAGACUGUGAGGGCAAGUGGUGGUGCGUGGGCGAGGACGCAACGGUGUCGUGCGGUAGCGCGGCCGCUCACUUCCUCUUUGAGCUGUGCGACGUGGACAAGAUGGCGGUGCGCGUGGUCGCUGGCAAGUACCUGAGGGGCGACCACGCCGGUGGCCUCAAGGCCAGCGCCGACUCCGCGGAUGGCGCCACGCUCUGGGAGUACUGAGCAAGCACGGCCCACGCGGGGUGUGUCAUUGCGACUUUUAUUGGAGGGCUGGGCAAAUUCAUCCGCCCAACAUUUCUUGCAGUCAUUUGGAAGUUUUUCCCUAAAAUGGAUGAGUUGGAAUUGAUCUAUUCAAAAUGAGGAUAAGCGGUAUGGAAAAUGGAUUGACAUUUAUUUCCAUUUGUAUUCAAUUGUUGCACUUUUUUUUUAUUCAUAUCGCUCAUCAAAUAACUGGUUAACUGAGUUGAUGUGAAUCAUAAAAGAGGAAAACAAACAAUAUGCAUGAAUCGAGCCAGGUUUCCACUAAAACUGGUUAAAUAAAAGGAAAUCAAUUCACUUGCUUUAUUCAUUUAUGUCAUGAAGUAAUUGGUUAAUUGAUUCAAUUAAAAAAAUAGGAAAAUAAAAAUGAGGAUUCAUUUAUACAUUUUUCCUGAAUAUUGGUCAAUUAAAAUGUAUAUUUUCUUUUAUUAGUUUUUUAUUCUUUUAUUUCACUAACUAAACGGUUAAUUGAUUUAUUGUAGAUAAAUUGGUUUAUUAAUAUUUUAGUCACUUUUUGAUUUUGAUUAAUUUAUCUCAAUGAAUUGAUUUAUUGUGAUGAAUAAAAUAAAAUAAAGUAAAAAAUGUAACUUUUUAAAAAAUGAUUUAUUGCAAUAAAUCAUUGGUUAAUCAAUUACAAUACAUUCAUUAAAAAUAAGAAAAAAUGGCAAUAUUAUUUCAUCAUUAAGAUCAAGUAUUUUACAUAUAUAGUUGAUCUUUUUUUUUUUGAAUACAAUACAAUACAGCCGAACCUCCAAAGUUGAACACCAUCUGACCCAGAUUUUUUUCUUUCGGAUUUUAAACCUUCCCCCCCACCGAAGGGAUAAUGGAAAAAAAGCCAAAGAAAAAGCCAAACCCACACACAGUUAAUCCUUCGGCCGGCAGUUCAAUUUUGGAGUUUCCGCUGUGCUGCUGUUGUUGUGCCUAUUGUUGUUGUUGUUGUGCUGUCAAAUCAACAUAUCCCGCAUAAUCAAUGAAGUUCAAUAGCUAACCUGUUACAUGUGAUUAGCCAGUGUUAAAAAAGAUGAACAUAAAGUUCAGAAAGUGUUGUCAAAGAUACACAAAAGAAAUUUCAAGACAUUUUUGCACAAUUGUUGCAUUGUGCCUUUCUUCAUAUAUUGAUUACUGGUAAAAAUGCAAUAAAAACUUCUUUGCUUGA